UGUGGCGUGUUGACAAGUUACUUUGUUGUUCUCGCUUUGUUUAUCAAGUUUAUUAAAAAAAAUUUAUACAUAUAUUGUUUAAACAAUUAUUGAUAACUCGUAAUAAAUUUUUGUUUAAUAAAUAAAAAAAAUGAGUGGAAUUUUAAUAAAUCCAUUGCGUUUUGUUGGCACAGCAAAAUAUGUUACAAAUAAUUCAACAAAAUAUCUACGAUCCAUGACACUCACGACUAGUGUAAAUAAUUUAUUGCCAUUAGUUCAAUCAAAUCAUCUCAACCAUAAUAAAUUUAGAAGAUUACAGUUUACUCAAGCUAAAAACAUAUCAACUAAUUUUGGAACAACCAUAUGGGCCGCUAGAAAGAAAAUAUUAUCAUUAUUUUCUAAUGAAGUAAUUAAAAAGGCAGCGAUUGGUCAACUUAAGUUAUCACUUAAUAGUGGUAAAGUAAUACUUUUAACACCAGAAGGAAUGAAAAAUUUUAUUUUUCCUCCUACAUUCAGCAUUGAAUUUAACGGAAAACCAAUUGAACCUAUAAGCAAUAAAAUUGCUAAUAAAGAAGAACAGCCAUUAGCAUUUAAGUUGAAUAAUUGGCAUGUACUACUUGAUGAUGAUGAAUUAAUAUUCAAAUUAAAAGAUACUGGCGAAAAGUUUAUUUUAAAACACGCACUUAACGUUGAAGCUCACAUAUACCCACCUAAACCGUUAGAGGAUGGUAGUUAUAAGUUUAAUUCAGUAACACCUAUUUCUGAUGUUAUAGCAUAUCCCGCUAAACUAAUAUCGAAAUCAGAUGGCUCGGUUCCUUUAGAACUGUCUUGGCCACCUAUAAAUGCUGCUAUCCCUGUCAACCGAUUUGAUAGUGAUGAAAGUGAACAAUCAAAGUCACUAUUAUCAACAGAAAAAAGUGAUAAGGAAAUAACUGAUAAACCAAAUAGUUUUGGACAAAUUAAACUUAAAUUUCCAAUGACUGCGUUUCUUGAAGGAGCUCGUCAACAAAUUCUGUUAAGAGAUUGUGAUGAUACUUAUGAUGUCUAUCACACAGUUGAAAUUCAAGCUAGCAAAAAUUUGAAUAAAAAAAAAGAUGAAACAUCAAAAAUUGGUAAACUUGAAAUGAGACUUUACAGCGGUGAUAUAACCUUUGAACCAAGAGCUUCCAGUAAACAAAGUGUAAUCAUCAAACACAGUGUCGACAUUGAAAUUGACUUGGAUAGUGAAAUACCAAGUAUUCUUAUUAACCCUCAUAUAAAAACUUAUCGUCAAUAAUAACUAUAUUGUCUUAUU